UCUUAUUAUCCUGUUAUAAAACACUGCUCAUGUUCACUUCUUUUUCAUUCUCAUUCUCUCCAAAGCCACACAAGAGUGCAUGAAACAACUUCAAAAAUUCAAUUAUCAUCCAUGGCUGCAGAUUCCAACUCAAACUUCGGAAUCACCAUUGAAAGAAAUCCUCCACAGUCACGCCUAGCUGAGUUGAACAUCAAGUGCUGGCCCAAGUGGGGUUGUUCUCCAGGGAAGUACCAGUUGAAAUUUGAUGCAGAAGAGACAUGCUACUUGGUCAAAGGGAAGGUGAAGGCUUACCUAAAAGGAUCAUCAGAGUUUGUGGAGUUUGGAGCUGGAGACCUUGUGACCAUUCCAAAGGGACUCAGUUGCACUUGGGAUGUGUCUCUUGCAGUGGAUAAGUACUAUAAAUUUGAAUCAAAUUCUUCUGUUACAUCAUCAUCUUGUUAAGUACUCAUUUCGACAAAUUAUUAUGAUUAAUUAGGUUAAUUUUAGCUUGUAUGAUUCAUCAACUUGCUAUUAUUCAUUGAAAAGAAGAAAAAAAAGAGAUAAAAAAUGGUUGUCUGAUUGCUGUUGUUUGAACUUGGGGGGAAUCGAAUUGAGAUGCUAUGGCUGACAGAAAGAGAGAGAGAGAGAUUGAAAUGAAUGAUAAUUAUUUUAGUCAAAGAAGGAGAAAACAUAUCGGUCAAUGCAUGAAGUCCUGUAUCUACGUGUAAAAA